CAGCGAAGGCGCUGCGCCGAGGACAGGUUUCACCCGGGAGGCCUUGAACGCCACCUUUGUAGGGCUGGUAGAUAAGAAGACGACGACGACGACGAGAAGGGCUCCGCGCCGGCGGCGGCCAGGACGGGUCCAUGAACGCCGCUGCGGAGGCAAACAAACACCGACAGUGCCACGAGGUCCAGGCGCCCUGGCGCACGGCACCGCUGGCGCUGGAAGCCACAGGCUGCCACGGCAAGGCCGCCCUGCGCCACCUCCGCGGCCUGGCCCGGGAGCAGGCGGCGCUGCCGGAGCCGGAAGACGAGGGCGCCGCCGAGGCUCUUGCAGGGCAGCUCGUGGCCCGGUGUUGCUGGGAGCUGAGCGUGGCACUCCACAGGGCCACAGGUCGACAGUUGCGCAUCGCCCUUGGGGCGGACGGCGUUGGCCGAGAUGCGGAAUUGCUCGCCGUCGUGGCGGCGUAAUUAGCUGGCUCGUCGCGCUGCUCCAGGUCGUCGCGUGGUUGCUGUUCGGCUACAAGCUCAGGGUGCGCGUUGGGCGUGUGUCUGUGAUAGACUCGCCGCGGCGCUUGCACGAGAAGGAGAAGGA